UUCAUCCCCUGCGCGCGGUCAGACGCAUCUAGCUUGUCUCCAUCAUUUGCGAAGCUCGUACGAUUAUUUUCAUCGUUACUGUUAUUAUUAUUGUUAAAAAAGAGUUAAAGAGCAGAAACCUGCCGCACUGCGGGCUCCACACCGAGAGAAACAACUGAAAUAUAUCCGUCUGCGACACACGCACCGGAGGGGGCCCGCGUUCGCCUACUUCCUGUCUUACUGUCGAAAAAAUGAAAACCAAAUUCAUCAACGGGGUUUCUUCUUCCCCCUCCAUGUCGCUGGGCCUGCUGGUGACCGAGAACGCCCUGCAGGUCCAGCCAGACACCGAGGAGGACUGUGACGAGCUGGUCUGCUCCGACCAGCCCGACCCAGACACCCGGAGGAGGGCUUAUCUGUGGUGCAGGGAGUUCCUGCACGGAGCCUGGAAGAGCCUGGCCGAGGACCUGUUCCAGAUCACCAUCAUCAGGUGCGGAUGAUCCUGCAGUCUGUAUGUAUGCAGUCUCUUUGAUGUUGACGGGCGGCUUGGCGGCAUGUAUUCAUGGAUAGUUCUUCCCUUUUUCUCUUGUUGAUAGAUGUCCUGUAAUAAAGGGGAUUCUCGAGAGUCAAACAAAGAAAAUCACUUGCAAGGCGCCGAGGCCAUGGUGCUGGAGAGCGUGAUGUUCGCCAUCUUGGCUGAGCGAGAGCUCGGACCCAAACUCUACGGUAUUUUCCCUCAAGGCCGCCUGGAGCAGUACGUCCCCAGCCGUAAACUGGACACCUGUGAGCUGAGCGACUCCAGCAUCUCGGCCGAGGUUGCACAGAAGAUGGCCAGGUUUCACGGGAUGAGGAUGCCCUUCAACAAGGAACCAAAGUGGCUGUUUGGAACCAUGGACAAGUACCUGAGCCAAGUGAUGAGGCUGAACUUCACCAGAGAGUCGCAGCUGCGUCGCUUCAACCGCCUGCUCAGCUAUGACCUCCCACAGGAGAUGGAAAUGCUCAGGUCUCUGCUCAAGUCCACUCCUUCUCCCGUGGUCUUCUGCCACAACGACUGUCAGGAAGGAAACAUCCUGCUGCUGAAAGGCCGCCAGAGCUCAGACAGACACAGGCUGAUGCUCAUUGACUUUGAAUACAGCAGCUACAACUACAGGGGAUUCGACGUCGGUAACCACUUCUGUGAAUGGAUGUACGACUACAACUGCGACGAGUUUCCUUUCUUUAAAGUCAGCGCUCAGAACUACCCUUCAAAGGCCCAGCAGCUCCACUUCAUUGAGAGCUACCUGCGCGAGUCCGAUCAAGGGUUCGACGGCUUGAGCACGGAGGACCAAAUGAAGCUGAAAGAAGAGAUGUACGUGGAGGUGAACAGGUUCUCGCUGGCAUCUCACUUCUUUUGGGGCUUGUGGUCCAUCAUCCAGGCCCAGCUGUCCACCAUCAAAUUUGGAUAUNAGGAGUACGCACAGGCCAGGUUUGACGCCUACUUCCAGCAGAAGAAGACCUGGGCUGUGUAAAGGAGGCGAGAUGAUUCAGUAUUCUGACAGCACGUUCAGCCAAAAUGUCAAGGACCCACGGGCUGAUGAAGUUUCUACGCUUUACUUACACUCCCUGCCUUGCUGGUAUUUGCUGGCUACUGUUGGUGUUGUGUUGACCAAAGCCAAACCUUGAUCACGUGGCUAGUAGGUGCUUCGAAUAUGCCCCACAAUCAUUGCAGCUCAAAGUUUACAUGGCGUAACUGAAGGCCAAAACCCCCCCAAAACAAAACAGAGGAAACACAUCGACUCGCACUAACCUUCAUUGCUGGUCAGACGUUUGUUUCGGCCCAGUUUGAACCAUAUCACUAACAUGAACGUUCUGAGAGCGUGGCUAGCUCAGAAGUGUUAGCAUUGCAUCAGUGUGUAUGUACAGUAUGUGUCUGCUGUGUGGGAAAGAAUCAGAACCUCAGCUUUUCUCCCAGAGCUCCCAGUAGCCUGGUUCUGUCUGCUACUGGUGGGCUGAUGGAUUAACAGGUUCCACUUUCUUCCCACUUGAUUUUUGUUUCAUUUUCUUUUUUGUGUGUGUUUGACAUUAUCUCCAGGCCAGGGCAAACACAGUUAUUUUGAAUUAUAAACAUGUGAAUAUUUUUCUGGGGUAGCCUCAACAAGUCGGCGUCAGGUAUCUUCCUUACAACUGGACACAUUGUAGCUUACUUACUUAUAGUCCUGUGACUUCACUUAACUGUUUAAGGGACUAAGGUGUGGUGGUUUCAUGUUAUCAUUAUUAUUAUGGAUCACUGUGACAGCUGCACACGUUGUGUUGUCUGAUUGAGCCUGGCUGCUAAACCGUCUGUUGGGAACCAGAUGUUGUUGCCGCAUUGAAGAAAGCUUCACACUGAACACACGACAAUGGCUCCUUAUUGUGGUGAUGGAUUCGUUGGUGAUGUCACUGGUGUUUUGGCCCAAGUGCCUGCUGCCAUGCUGCCUCAUCAUUGUAGCUGUAAUCCAGAGUAAUGAUGCUGACGGUCACGUGUUUCUGCAAAGUCAAACUUUGCAUAAAUUACUGGACUGCUGUUGAAGGGGCAUUUAGUUAAGACCGAGAGCGCUCUGUUUCCAAGAGCUGAGUCACUGAUGCGAGUCACGU